AUGUUUCAACUCAUUGCCAGGACUUUGGCCUUCUGGAGGAGGGCAGACAACUCGGAGAAGGACUGCAAGCAGCAAGAGAGGCUCUUGGAAGGUGUGGGCUUCCUAAAUCACACAACUUACUUCUCUCUAGAAGUUGUAUGUAAAGGUUUUGAACCCUACCAGGGUGACUGGAUAGACACCAGGGUUUCCAUCCAUCCAUCCACCUACAGCAGAAAGGCAAUCUCUAUGAAGCCUCUGAGACAUAAACAUGUGCAUGAGGUCUGCAUCACUAGUUUCUGUGGAAGAAAUGGGGUGAUAGAGGAUAGUAUCUUUUUCACCUUGGAUUCUCUGAAACUUCCUGAUGAACACACACCUCAAGGAUCUGAUAUCGUCAAUGUGAUCACAGUGGAGAGCAUGCAGUUGUGCUAUCUUUGGAGAGCGAUUUCUAUGACCCUAAUGAAAAGGUUGUAA